CUGUCGACCAUCAGAAUGCCACGGCUCCGUUGAAACAGUUUGAAAAUUGUCCAAAAUUAGAAAAAAAACACAAAAAAACUCAAAAGAAAAACUUCGAACGAACGGCACUGCACUCGAGUGCGGACGAAAUCGACUACUAAGAGAGAAAGGAAAAAAAAUUAUUAAUAAGAUCACAGAACUGAAAAAAUCAUGGAUCCAGAAGCAUUCCUAGAUAUCGCCAAUCAGGUGGUAAAACUGAAAAUGUUUCCAUACUUUGAUAUUGCCCACUGUACACUGUGUGCUUUAUCAGUCAGGGAAGAUUUGGGAACCGGAGCCCAGACGUUCUCAAGAAAACAUCCCUUGUCCUGCUGGCUUUCGUAUAUGCUUGUGGUCUUUGCAGGAGGUAUGGUCGCAAACGGACUCCUUGCAGAACCUAUUUUAGCGCCAUUGAAAAACACUCCUCAGGUUUUGGUUGCUACUGCCGUUUGGUAUGUAGUUUUCUAUACACCCCUCGACGUAGGGUACAAAUUAGCAAAAUUCCUACCAAUUAAAAUAAUCUUCUCUGCCAUGAAAGAAAUCUACAGAUGCAAAAAAGUUUACGACGGAGUCACACAUGCCGCCAAACUGUACCCUAAUGGAUACCUCAUAAUGAUCAUUAUCGGUACGCUCAAAGGUAACGGAGCUGGUUUCACCAGACUUAUGGAGAGACUCAUACGCGGCGUAUGGACUCCCACUGCCAUGGAAUUUAUGCAACCUAGUUUCUACACUAAGGCUUCAUUGGUUGCUUCCAUAAUCUUCAUACUUGACAGGAAAACUGAAUUGAUCUCAGCUCCCCAUGCAUUGGUCUACUUCGGAAUUGUUAUUUUCUUCGUAUAUUUCAAGCUGUCUUCUAUUAUCUUAGGAAUUCAUGAUCCUUUCAUUCCUUUCGAAAACCUCAUGUGUGCCCUCUUCUUCGGGGGUGUUUGGGACAGCUUAGCGAAGAUAUUUGGUAGGGGCCAAAUCAAAGAAGGAGAAGUGAAGGAUGUCAAAAAGACUAAUUAAAAAGACGACAUGGUAUUCUGAAUGGUAGAUUUGAUGGUGUGCGGAACAUUAAAUUUAUUAUUCCUACAAUUUUUUUUGAGGCGCAUUUUUCCAACUAUAAGUUUUGUAAUGUACUGAAAAAACUGUUAAUAAAAAAAUAGAAAAAUAUAAA